UCCAAACCCUAGUUUCAUCUGAUUUCGUCAAAAAUGUUUCGUUCUCUCUGUGAUACACUGAUCAGAAACAGGGUUCGCAGUGGAGGAGAUUCAAAGCCACUUUCUCUGUGCGUGCUUCAUAUAAAGGUUAGAUCUAUUUCUUCAUCUUCUUCUUCGAUUGAAGUUUCUUACUUGAUAAACGCCUGUGGAUUAUCAGAAACCCAAGCAAAAUCCGCAUCAAAGAAACUCCAAUUCGAACCCACAUCGAAUCCAAACUCAGUUCUUACCUUCCUUGAAUCUUACGGAUUCAGUAAAACCCACAUCACAAAAUUAAUCACCAAAAAUCCAGUAAUCCUUUUAUCAGAUCCUCACAAAACCCUAAAACCCCGAUUUGAUUAUUUAUUAUCUAGAGAUAUUACUGCUAUUGAACUUGCAAAUGUCUUAUCUACAAACCCACUGAUUCUAAACAGAAGUAUUGAAAGGCAUUUCAUUCCAUUUUUCAAAUUCACCAAGGAGAUUGUAGGUACUGACAGACAUGUAUUCCGCAUUCUGCAACGAACAUGUAUUCCCGCGGACGUAUACGAUAAAUUGAUGAUCAACAUACAGGUUUUGAGAGAUGAAGGUGUUGCUCAAUCACAAAUUGUCAAGUAUUUAAUCAACCAACCGAGGACAUUUAUGAUGGGGACUGAAAAAUUUAAGGGCAUUGUACAAGAGGUUAAGGGUAUGGGUUUUGAUCCCAAGAAAUAUGCAUUUCUUAUUGCUAUUCAUGUCACCUCAGCAAUGAGUAAAUCGACGUGGGAAAAGAAGUUGAAUGCUUAUAGGAAAUGGGGUUGGUCAGAAGAACAAAUUGAAAAUGCAUUUAAGAUUUAUCCUAUCUGUAUGAGGCAUUCAGAGAAGAAGAUAUUGGGGACUAUGGAUUACCUUGUGAAUCAUAUGGGUAUCAGUUCAUCGCUUAUUGCCAGAUGCCCAAUGAAUUUGAGUUACAGCUUGGAGAAGAGGAUUAUACCUAGGUUUUCUGUUUAUCGAAGUUUACUCUCUAAGGGUCUCAUUAAUAAGGAUGAAAUUCGCAUAUCUUCGCUUUUAGCCAUGUCAGAGGAGUCUUUCUUGAACAAGUUUGUGCUCGAGUAUUUGGAACCGGAGCUAACAAAGGAUGGUUAGAAGACCACAAUGUUGCUAAGAGUCAAGGAUACGAAUUAGUGGUGGAUGAUAUUACUCGAGUAGCUAAAGCUGCGGGAGUGAAACAGAUCGUUUUGGUCUAUGGUUGGAACACACCUCAAUCAUCCCACAAACAACUUUUGAAAUGGAAACAUAUUUGUGGAUAAUUCAUUUUAUGUUGCUGACUUGUUUUUCCCUGGAGGUCAUACUUAGUUUAAUGAAAUUCAUCAAUGCAAGUUUGGAAGAGAAAGGCAGAGAUGUACCUGGCUGACUCUGGUAUACCGUACACAAUUAUCAGAGCUGGAGGCUGGUAAGACAGACUGGGGGUGUAAGAGAUCUUGUUGUUGUCAAAGAUGAUGAGCUUCUUGAGACUGUCAUAAGGGCAAUUACUAGGCAUUGCAGUAGUGUUGAAUCUUGCUUCCAAAGCUGAAGGAACUGGUGAACCAUCAAAAGACAAAACACUUUUCCCAAAUCUCUGCCUGAUUUUGAGAUUCAAUCUGCGGUUCUGAUUUAUAUUUUUGUUGAGACCUUGCGAUUUGUUAUGUCAUUGAUUAUCAGUAAGAGAGCGAGAACUAGUCUUUUUUUCUCCCAAGAGAAGACCAAUGAUGAUUAUUUUAGUGAUUUUCACGUCUGGUAAUGGUUAUGUCCACAAUGUUGGUGUUAAUAGUGCUUCCUUAUCAUGCCCAGUCCUGCUCAAGCAUAAUAAGCAUGAAGUGUUUCAUUCAAUUGCCGCAAAGAAAAUGAUGAUGAUGGCCAUACCCUUCUCUUGUUCCCCUCUGCCAGACUGGGGUAGCCUGUCAUUUUAUUUAUUCCGUCAAACCUCCUGGAUUCAUAUCCAGUGAUCUAUAACUGGUGUCUAAGUCCAGAAUUGUAAAAUGUACAAUCUUGCUGAAUAUGUACUAGAAAAUUUCAGGUCUGCAUAAUGAGCAGAAAAAAAGAAAAUAUUUGCUUCAAAAAGAAAAAAAAGAAAAAGAAACAGUGGUUCUCCAUGGAUCUUAUUAUUUGGAGCAGUGCUUCU